UUACAAUGGAGUGGAGAUCUUAGAGGAGGGGGGUACCGGGACCUCUGAAGCCGCAAAGACCAGGGAGGACCUCUCUAGACUCGGGGUGACCCGGAGAGGAUACUGGAAGGGGGGAAGGGAAGGUGCUCGGAGAUUCCCUGACGCGGCGGAGUUGCAGCCCAAGCCGAGCAGGAGGAGGCGGGGAGCGGAGCCAAGCAGCGCGCCUCCCCCUCCCGCCUCCCUGAGCCCGCGGCGAUCGGCAGCGGCUCCUCCAGCAUGUUGGGCAGGUUGCGCUCGGCGAUGGCGCAACUCGUCGGGGGCCUAGGAGGCGGAGGAAGCCCCUCGAGCCCGCCGCCCGCCUCGGCCUCUUCCCGCACGUCCGCGACGGCGACGCCUACUCCACCCCCUCCGCCCGGGCCCAGCUCCAGCGCCUCGCCCGCCAACACCGGCGGCGAAGACAGCAGCAGCAGCAGCAACUCCUGCCGGGAACCGACCCGGGGCAGCUUCUCCAGACCGGCUUUCUUGCAGCUCACGCCUGAGGAACUUCUGCGGGCAGAUGAUCACGCGGGCAGAGCCGUCCAGAGUCCCCGCGAGAGUCGCCGUCGCCUGCACUGGAGCACCGGUUACGCCGAGGUGAUAAAUGCUGGGAAAAGUCAGCACAACGAGGAUCAAGCAUGCUGUGAGGCAGUGUUUGUGGAAAAGAGAUGCCCUCUGAGGAAUAACCCAACCCCCAAGGAAACCUCUGGAGAUCCAGAAGGGGUCGGCAAAGGCCUGUCUUUUUACUACUGGGGCUUGUUUGAUGGACAUGCCGGAAGCGGAGCUGCAGUCAUGGCAUCCAAGUUGCUUCACUUCCACAUCCGGGACCAACUUCGGGACCUGGUAGACAUCUUGCAAGACUCAUCCCCUCCUCCAAUUUGCCUGCAGGAUAGUUCAAGGACAGUUCUAGCAGAACCAAACAGGGCUCCUCUGGCUGUGGAAGAUGCUGAAGUCCCCAACAAUGCCUUGCCACGCUUUCAUAUGGAAAAGGUGGUUUCCCAUGAAAGUUUGGUGGUGGGUGCCAUUGAGAAUGCAUUCAAGCAGAUGGACAGGAUGCACAGGAGAAACAUAGAGGAGACCAAGAGGGUAUUCUCAUAUUACGUCAAACACCAUGAAGCCAUUUCCAGAGAUUUAGACAAUCAGAUCGAGCAGGAACUGGUGGCCCGGCAUGCAUCAGGAGGUUGCUGCACCCUGGCUGUGGUUUAUCUCCUGGGGAAGUUCUAUGUGGCCAACGCAGGUGACAGUAGGGCCAUUAUCAUCCGUAAUGGGGAAAUCAUUCCAAUGUCCAGGGAGUUUACUCCAGAGACAGAGAGGCAAAGGCUGCAGUUUUUAGGAUUCUUAAGACCUGAGCUGCUGGGGAAUGAGUUUACUCACCUCGAGUUCCCUCGAAGGAUCCAGCAUAAGGAAGUGGGAAAGAAGAUGCUGUACAGGGACCAAAACAUGAAUGGCUGGGCAUAUAAAAGGAUAGAAGAAGAUGACUUGAAGUUUCCACUUGUAUACGGAGAGGGUAAAAAGGCUCGAAUGAUGGCAACCAUUGGGGUGACUCGAGUUUUGGGAGAUCAUGAUCUCAAGGUGUACAGCUCCAACAUCCACAUUAAACCUUUCCUGUCCUGCAUCCCAGAGGUUCGCAUUUAUGACCUCACACAGUAUGAGCACUGCCCUGAUGAUGUGCUAGUGCUGGGCACUGAUGGCCUCUGGGAUGUCACCAGUGAUCAAGAAGUGGCCAAUGUGGUAUUUGAUGUUCUAAUGUGCUAUGAGCCCAAUGACCCUUGCAGGUACACCAUGGUGGCCCAGGAGCUGGUGGUGAGGUCCAGAGGGAUUCUGAAGGACCGUGGCUGGAGGCUGGCCAAUGACAAGUUGGGCUCUGGAGAUGAUAUCUCUGUCUUCGUUAUUCCCCUUGGUGGCCCAGGAAACUACACCUGAACCUCAACUCCCAGGGAUGCAGGGCUCAUGAUGCGAGACCGUAAGAAAAAGAAAGUCACCAUCAUGCAGCACAACUGGAGGCUGCAGAUACCCUUACCCCUGGAACACUUGUGCUGCCAGAGUCUUCCAAAGAUGGUUAGAGAUAAAACCAUAUGACUGCAGCUUGGGUGCUUCUCCCACUCCAUCUCAGCUUACUGGAUUCCAGUUAGGGAUAACAAAGACAUAGCCCCAGUCCACACUGCUCUUCCUCUCAGGAAUUACGCCUGUCUGCCCUUAAGACCUAUAGGAAAUCUCACGCUCCAAGGGCUGCAUUAAAUCUGGGCUUUUGCCUCAUCAUCCCAGCAAAGUGGGUGUGGGGGGGAGACCAUUGACAUUCUGUUACAGUCACAUGGAAAGGUUCUCUCAAUUAGGUAUUAGCACUGAAGCCUCCCUGGAGCAUUCAGUCAUUUAAUGGGUACUUCCUUGUGUCUGUCAAAAUGACAACUGAAUUUCGCUUUGUCAGAUGCCAAGGACAGCUCAUCCUGACUCGUAAUGACAAUCAUGCCUAAUUGCCUAGAACAUCUUGCCCUUCCUAUCAGUCCUUGACAAGUAUUGCUAAAGGAGUAUCAAGCAAUUGCUGCUGAUUAGUUGGUUACCAUUCCUCUGACUUGCCAUAAGGCAACCUCUGAAGCUUUCACUGCAAGCCAUUGUUGUGUAGUAAGCAUUCCGGUUAUAUGGAUUUCUCACACUAAUGUUGCAUACUGUUGUAAAUUUAGCCAAGUUUGCUGCUGCUUUAUAAAUGUGUCUCCAAGUGGCACAGAAAGGAAGGUGCAGCAAGUUACUGCCAUAAAAAAGGUCUCUGGAGAAAAUCUGUUGUACCUUGCUUUCACCAGACGGGGGUGCACUUAGAAGAACAAAGGAACAUGAUGGUGAUGACACAUCUCUAGUUGGUUGGUUGGUUGGUUGAAACAGCUGGCCCGUAAAUAACAAGAUACAGAAAUCAACUACAGACUAGGAAGGUAGCAGACAUAUGCAUAGAAGGCAGCUAUGUCUAAAGAAGGCAGAAUUGUAGAACAGUUUGUAAUUCUAGUCUAUUCACCUUCUGGCAAAAGUCAUGUUCUUGUUAUAGAGUAGAAGUUCUACCUCUGGAGCCCACAGCAUUGAGUUCUUUGUUUAAUGAAUAAGAAGUCUUCAAAUAUUAUGAUUGGUGGAAGUGGAGGCUGGUGCUCAUUAGGAGUGGUAGGGCAGAAGGCAGGAAGGCCAACAGUAGGUGGAGCUAAAGCUUAUGACAGGCAGAGCCAACUAAUUCUGCUGUUAUUCCCAUCCUCUUCACUGUUGAGUUCUAUAAGGGGAACACUGAGACUAAGGAGAAAGAGGCUAACAGCCAGUGCAACUCCCUAGACUGGACUAGGAAGAAGGUAGGCAGAUGAAGGCUGGCUGAGAGUAGACUGAGCUUGGUGAGGCAGUGCCCCACUUGCCCUAAUGAACCAGCCUUCACUGAUUUGUGGGAGGGGGAAUAGAUCCAAUUUUUCCAUGGAAAUGUAGUUUUCGGUUAGCUGCACUGUGCAAAAGUGAGACCAUCCUUGGCCAGGGACACUUGCACCUUAAAUUUGCCCUUGUAAUCUCUCUACCUGUGAGCACCUGAUGGGGUUUAAGAAUAAAUUAAUUUCAAGCUUCAAGAAAAUGCCUGCCACCCUUAUAUAAACUCUUAAGCAAAGAGAAUAGUGACACUGGCACUUCUGCACUGCAGAAUAGGCUACACUUACCUGGGAGUAAGUGCCAUUAAACUCAACAGGACAUUUCUGAGCAGGUAUGUAUGGGAUUGUUCUUUUUGGGCUACCACCUUACAUACACUUACUUAGAAGUAAACCUCUUAAACUCAGUAGAACAUCUGUGCAAACAUGAAUCAGAUUGCACAAUUAGACAGUUUCCCAUUAUAUAAAGGCAGAGCCUGGAAGGUUGGGAUUUUGUCUUAAAAGAGCAUGAAGUUUGCACCUGAGAAAAGGUUAAAGAACCAAGUGCAAAACUGCAAGUUGUCAUUGCCAAGAAGAAAUUGACUAAGACUUUUUCUUGCUGGAAAGCAUUUUGUUAUUGAUUGAUAGUCUGUCCUGCUGUCACUUCCUGGUGAAUGCAAUGUGUACCUUCUCAGCAGUGAGAGUAAAGUGAAUGCAUCCGUUGGGAACCACAGGAAGAGUUUUAAUUCAAUAAAAUGCAUGUGCCGGAGGAAAGGAAGAAUGCUAUAUCCUGCUAGCACAGAAGUACGGCUUUAAACAAUAAACAGAUUUGGCAAGGAAGAUAUAUUUUAUAAAAUAGUUGAGCAAUACAUACGGAUGGCACUAUAGCCCUCUUUGCAUGUUGGUUGGUGAAUGGGGAUGUGGGGCCAUGUGCUUAGCCCUACCUUCAUGCUAUUCCUCUUUUCACCAUGUUGAGCAUAUCUGCAGCCAGGAGCCUUCUCUAUAUGAGGAAGCUUCUCAUGAACUUAGAACCCUGGGUGAUCAGGAUUUUUAAACUGUGUGGGGAUCCUCCCCACACAGAUAUUAGAGUAAAGAUGCUGUCCUUUUCACCACCCUUAUGCACUACACAUUAGUAACAUGUGAAGAGGGCCUGCAAAUAUUUGCUUACAAACCAUUUAGAUCCAGGUAGGAGCACUCUACUAAUUCUUCAGUGUCCAGUAAUAAGAGCCUGUUUACACAUUUUGAUUUUUAAGUGUACACCUAAGAUCUGGUUGGCCACUGUGAGAACAGGAUGCUGGAUUAGAUGAGCCAUUGUCCUAAUGCGGCAGGCUCUUCUUAUGUUCUUAUGCUUUAAAUGUACAACUAAAAAUGUGUGAGAGACAACCUAAUACUUGGACAACAAGUGCAUCUUACAAAUUGAACCAAUUAAGUGUACACGUGGCAGCAAACCCAGGUUUGUUGCUGUGUAAUGAAUAAUGAUUCCCUUGGUUCCUGCCCAUCUCACUUCCAACUGCUAAGUGAAAAGAAUUUGCUUGAUUUUGUGCCAACUGGAAUGUAUAUAUUUGCCUUUUGCUUCAUCCCCGAGUAAAUGCAAAGUAACCUAUUAUGUUGUAUUUGGAAAGGUUGCCCUGCUGAGUAGAGGAGUGCUAGAUGAAAUGAUGAAGCUGUGAGAAGUCCUCAAUUGUUUUUCUACCAACGCAUACAAAAUACUCGGAUCCCAAUAAAAUUCUGGGUGUAACUA